AUGGAGUACGUGUGCACAGCUGACAAGGACAAAAGCAUCACUUUUACUUUUCUAAGGUCAAAGGAAGUCAAUCUUAAAGGAAGAUCCCCAGGUGCCUCCCUGCCUUUCCUCGACGCCCUCGCUGAGACCCCGGCCGCCCUCGGCCUCCCUUCUCCCUCGGACCCGGGCCACUCCCAGUCUCCCGGCCCCCCAGCUUUCUCCUCUCGGGCCACUCCCGGGCUUCCCGGGUUCCCCUUCCUCCUCGCACCCAAGCUGUCCUGGCCUACCGUGCCACCACGAACUCCGCCGCCAGGAGCCGGACGGCUCUCCCACCAGCCCAGUCAGCGCGAACUCGCCGCCGCCGCCGCCGCCCCCGCCCUGGCCCCGACCGGGGCCCGACCCGGCCCGCAGUCCAAGCCCCCUUACGUUGGCUUCCGCCUCGGGAGCGCCGAGCUGGAGUUUCCGUCCCCCGACUGCCCCCAGACCUCAGGUCCGCGUUACCAGUACCCACCUGCCGCUGCCCCCGGCCAACUCCAGUGCCACUGCUUCUACCUCGGGCGCCAGUAG